UCCUCCACAAGUUGCGGCUCACUCGCACACAAGCCAAGUGGACAAGUACAAAGAGGAGACUGAGCGUCGCACACGGGGCUUGCAUGCGCUUCGGGAGAGUUUUGAAAGUGGAUUUUGCGUGGUUUUAACGCAUUAUUGGAUCCGUGGAGCCUGUAUUCACGCUUACGAGACUGAGGGGGGAAUCGCCGGUGUCAGGCAGCCUGCGCGAGGACACCUUGCAUCGGGUUUCAGUUUCCACUGAGCGAGAGGAAGGGCUGAUCCCCAAGGCAACGCCGUCCACGGCUCGCCUGACCCCUCACGUCCUGAAGCACAGGUUGCACGGUGUCCCGGACUUAAUGCGUGGCCUUAGCACGACACCGGCACGUGUUGAUGUUGACGGAGCCGGUGGUGCACUGAGUGUGCUGAACGGCGGCAACCAUGGCUGAAACGGUGCACAUGAACGGCAACGCGUCAGCACGAGGCCAAGGAUGUCCAAGCACCAGUAACGACAAGGACUGCGUGGCUCCGUACUCGGUGGAGACGCCGUACGGUUUUCAGCUAGACUUGGAUUUUCUCAAAUAUGUCGACGACAUCGAGAGAGGCAACACCAUCAAGAAAGUGAGCGUCCAGAGGAAGCCCAAAGGGGCCAAGCCGGGGCCGCCGGUGGCGCCGCCGCGUUCCAGCACCGGGACCGAAUGGACGUCCACCGACUCGCUUUCGUCCUCCAACAGCGACGACAAGCAGUCGCCGGUCUUCGUCAACCCCAAGGUCCAGCUGACCCUGCAAAAGGCGACUUACGAAGCCGUACCUCAACAGGUCUUUUCGGGCGUUGCUGAAGCCAAGCUGGUCCUGCCGCCGCCCUCGCCCAGGUUCACGCCGCGCCACAACCCCCACGUGGAGAAAACCCUCAUGGAGACCCGGCUUCGCCUGGAGCAGGAGCGGCUGUUGAUGGAGCCGCCGCCGCCCCGCCGCCGUCUGGCCAGCUUCGGCGGAACGGGCUCAAACAGCUCGCUCUCGUCUUACUCCGGCUCCGUAGUCGCCAGCCAGAUCUCCCCCGGCGCCCCGCAGCCUUUCAACGGUCACCUCCACAACGGAGACCACAACGUUUACUACCCGUCGUCCGUGGGCGGCUCCAUCCGCCACAGUCCCCUGAGCUCCGGUAUGGCCACGCCGGUGACCAACGUCAGCCCGCUGCACCUUCAGCAGAUCCGCGAGCAGAUGGUGGUCGCCCUGCGGCGGCUGAAGGAGUUGGAGGAGCAGGUGAAGACCAUCCCCAUCUUGCAGGUGAAGAUCGCCGUUCUUCAGGAGGAGAAGAGACAGUUGGCCGCCCAGUCGAAGGGUCCCGGCGGUUUUCGCAAGCGCUCCUACAGCGUGGGCAGCGCCGACCAAAUGGAGAACCCGAGCCCCGUCCAAAAAGAGACGGUGCUGCACAUCGUCGAGUCCGAAGCCCAGCAGCAGAACGCUCAGCAGCUCGAGGAGUUCAGGCGUCUGGCUGCUGAGGUCCAAGCUCUUGAGAAGACCACCCUUGACAAUAGUGAAUUUGAAAGCCAGGCGCGGGACCACAAUCUGAACCAGACCCUUCAUAAGUCCGUCGGUGUAGUCACCGACGAAAACAUGAACAACCUCCAACAAUUUCAGCGGAGGGAACUGCCCAGAGAGCGCGAAAACCGGGACGUGGCCGUCGCGACGGACCCCCGGGACACCCGCAGCGCUUCAGUGGGCGUCACCGAGACCAUGCUGGGCCUGUCCAGCGAGACGGAGAAGGAGAUGGAGCUCCAGCAGCAGACUAUCGAGGCGCUGAAAGACAAGAUCUACCGCUUGGAGGUGCAGCUGAAAGAAACCACUCACCAGAUGGAGAUGACUAAACUCAAGCUGGAGCUCCAGGCGGCUGGUGGGUCCAACAAAAAGAAGGCAGACAAGGGCUUGAUGAUCAGGCCCGAGACCUACAACAUCGCCGUGGAGGCCAAAGUCCCCGUGCACAGUCGGGGUGUCGGUGACUAUCUUAUCUCGGAAGCUCGGACCUUGUCCGUUGGAGUGUCAUGUCACCCAAGCGUUUGUAGCAUUAGCGUAGGACCGGACCAUGGUUUGGAUGUAAAGGACGCAUACCAGCAGGUAAACAUCUGCGAGGCCGAGUCGCUCAAGGAGUUUCGAUCGGUCGCCAGCGGGAAUUGCUCCGUGGAUGUCCACGUGGACCCAGUGUGCACAAAGGUGUCCCGAGGAACCGACCCGGAUCUCGCAGAAAAAGUGGACUCCUGCGUCACGGCGGCCCCAGAAUCCACCACGCAAGGGACCAACACCGAGACGGAAUUGGUCAGCAGGUCCACCAACACCAAGACGCCGGCGCUGACCGACUCCUUCACCAAUACGGCCGCCACUGGAACUCGGACGGUCGCUGCCGGCGAGGGGCUCAUCAAAGACGUACUCUUGACCGCAAAGCUUCGCUCGGUGGCCGUAGGGACAGAGUCACUCUUGGGCCAAUCCUGCGCCGCCAAAACCAAAGAAUCUGGGGUGGGAUCCGUCAGCAUUCACGAGAACUUCCUACUCGGUUUGAAAACUCGUAACAUGGCGUGUGGACCGUCGCAACUCCCCGAAGCCGUCGCCAAGGCCACCGGCGACACGGCCAACACCCAAGGGGGUGCCGGCCUGGACCACUACAUCGAGAAGGUCCAGAUGCUGCUGCGGGAGCAACAAAUGCUGCUGGCGGAGAACUACAGCGAGUUGGCCGAGGCUUUCGGUCAGCCCCAGUCCCAGUUUGGAUCCAUCAACAGCCAGCUGGUCAACACGCUCUCCUCCAUCAACUCGGCUAUGAAAAGCGCCAGUUCCGAGGACCUCCUGGCGGCCGCCGCCCGCUCAGAGGGUGCGCCCAAGACUCACGUCGACAAAGUCAGCAAGAUGGAAAGUGCCAGUCACCAGCAGCUGAGCGCAGCUGAGCAGAAGAGCCGCAUGGACCUGCAAAUGUCCACAGCACUACAUGGUGAGUCUUGCAGUGCCAACGCGCUCAAGUCCAUCAUGAAGAAAAAAGACAGCCGAGGGGACUCCAACGGCGCCAAGAAGAACCUGCAGUUUGUCGGCGUCAACGGAGGCUAUGAGACUACGUCCAGCGACGACUCCAGCUCGGAGGACAGCAGCUCCUCUGGAUCUGAGGACGAGGAAAAUGAGAUUGAAGAUAAGCAAGGCGACGACGUCUUGGAGGAGAAGACGGAAGAAGGAAGUUCGGAUGAGCUGGAGACGAGAGAAAGAUAUGAGCUCAGCGAGAAGAUGUUGGCAGCGUGCAACAUCCUGAAAGUUCACCUCGGCGAGAACGACGACGACGUGAGCAGUAAAGACCUGAGGGCGAGCAUCAACACGGUACAACACGAAUGGUUCCGCGUGUCCAGCCAGAAGGCGGCGUCGGCGUCUGCCGUUUCAGACUACCUGACGGCGUUCGCCGCCGUCUCGCCGGACGUGCUGCGCCACGUUGUCAACAUGGCCGACGGCAACGGCAACACGGCGCUGCACUACAGCGUGUCGCACUCGAACUUCCCCGUCGUCAAGAAGCUGUUGGACGCCGACGUGUGCAACGUGAACCAGCAGAACAAAGCGGGCUACACGCCCAUCAUGUUGGCGGCGCUGGCGGCCGUGGAGACGCCCGCAGACAUGCACAUUGUGGAGGAGCUCUUUGGAAAGGGCGACGUCAACGCACGCGCCAGUCAGGCGGGCCAGACGGGCCUGAUGCUGGCGGUGAGCCACGGCCGCAUGGACAUGGUCCGAGCGCUGCUGGCCCACGGCGCCGACGUCAACCUGCAGGACGACGAGGGCUCCACAGCGCUCAUGUGCGCCAGUGAGCACGGACACGCCGAUAUCGUCAAGCUUCUCCUGGCGCAGCCCGGUACCGACGCCACGCUCAGCGACAGCGACGAGAGUAACGCCCUGUCCAUCGCUCUGGACGCCGGACACAAGGACAUCGCCGUCCUGCUUUAUGCACAUGUCAACUUCUCCAAACCGCAGUCGCCUGGAACCCCUCGACUGGGUCGCAAGAUGUCUCCGAGCCCGACUCGCAGGGGCCCCUUCGAUUAGCUGCUCAGAGGCUAACGUUAGUGCAUCUUUAGCUAAUCCGCUGAUCUAAGGCUACUUUUGGUGUGGAAUGGCUACUUUUAGCCACUCUGAAGCUAUUGUUAGCUGCAUAGCGGCUAAUGUUAACAACUUUCAAGCUAUGGUUCGAAACUCCAAGUCUGAAGGGAAUGACCAUAGCUCCAAGUUGCUGCUCUGAAGCUUAUAUCAUUGGUUUCGAGGCUACUGUUAGCAACUUGCAGGCUAGCGUUUAUACUCUACUGCCUUAUUAGAGCUGGAGGACUUUUUUUUUUUUUUUUUCCCCCAGCCUUCUCCAACACUUCUAUUGUGAAUGUAACCAGCUGGUGCCUCUGAUAACUUUUGUUGUCCCUCAUGGAUACAAAAAAGGCCAUAUUUUUUUUCUUCUUUCUUUUUUGAAAUGAAAAUCAGCCCCCAAUAUAUUUUUCUCACUGUCUCUUAUGGUGGUCCGGUGUACAUAGUGCUGAUCUCCGGUCUGACAUCAGCGACAUUUCUACCAAUCCUUUGUAUCUAUUUAAAAAGACCACAGUAUUUUUCAAUACGAGCGCGUAUAAAUAUCGCAUGAAGUCAUAUAUUUAUCAAAGUAUAUUUUCUAAAGCACAUCUGCUGUGUGUUUGUACAAACUGUACGUUCGUCUAGUAUCGUCGUUUCCGCUUUCUCUGUUGACAUUAGCGUCAUUUUGCACAAUGUCAUCACCUAACAAUAAACAUCAAUUAAAGUGCACGCAGCUCUUU